CUGACUUGGUAAUCUGCGGCCACACUCAAUCCUCCUCGGUUAAAGCGAUCUUUCUGGACUCGGAUCUACGACGGGCAAAUGGCUAAGGAACCGCUUCGUGUUCUCGUCACCGGAGCAGCGGGACAAAUUGGAUAUGCCCUUGUUCCUAUGAUUGCUAGGGGGGCUAUGUUGGGACCUGACCAGCCAGUGAUCCUCCAUAUGCUCGACAUUCCACCUGCUGCAGAGGCACUUAAUGGAGUUAAGAUGGAAUUGGUAGAUGCCGCAUUUCCUCUUCUUAAAGGUGUUGUUGCUACCACUGAUGCUGUUGAAGCCUGCAAAGGUGUCAAUGUUGCAGUAAUGGUUGGUGGAUUCCCGAGGAAGGAGGGUAUGGAAAGGAAAGAUGUGAUGUCCAAGAAUGUUUCCAUUUACAAAUCCCAAGCUUCUGCACUUGAGAAGCAUGCCGCUUCCAAUUGCAAGGUAUUGGUUGUUGCUAAUCCUGCCAACACCAAUGCAUUGAUUUUGAAAGAAUUUGCCCCAUCCAUCCCAGAUAAGAACAUUACUUGUUUGACUAGAUUGGAUCACAACAGGGCUCUCGGACAGAUCUCCGAGCGAGUGAAUGUUCCGGUUUCCAGUGUCAAGAAUGUCAUUAUUUGGGGGAAUCACUCCUCCACACAGUAUCCUGAUGUUAGCCAUGCUACUGUCAAAACUCCAGCCGGAGAUAAGCCCGUCCACGAGCUUGUUAAGGAUGAUAAAUGGUUAAAGUCAGAAUUCAUAACCACUGUCCAACAGCGCGGGGCUGCGAUCAUCAAGGCUAGAAAACUGUCGAGUGCACUCUCUGCAGCUAGCUCUGCCUGCGAUCACAUUCGCGAUUGGAUCCUCGGAACUCCUGAGGGUACUUGGGUUUCGAUGGGCGUAUACUCUGAUGGCUCCUACAAUGUCCCGGCCAGGCUCAUUUAUUCCUUCCCGGUUACUUGCAAGAAUGGAGAAUGGUCCAUUGUUCAAGGACUUGCCAUCGAUGAGUUUUCCCGGAAGAAGCUCGACCUGACGGCUCAGGAGCUUACUGAGGAGAAGGAUCUUGCAUACUCUUGCUUAUCUUAGGAUUAACAGUGCAGCAGAAAGCUAAGGAACAUUACAUUACAUUAUUCAUUCACUCCCUAUGCUUCCAGUUUUAAAUAAAAUAUGCCAUUUCUGAUUGAUCUUUUCUUAUGCAAUCAUCCAUGGCUGCAAUCCUUAGCUUUUAUG